UGUUGCUACAGGCAGCACUCAGCGUUGUUUUGUAGCGUAACAACACAAUCAGACUUUACUUUCAAAUCGGAUCUAGAAAAUCUGCUACAUAAAACCCUGAGCUCUAAAACAAAUGUGAUGAUUUAUGAAAGUGAGUUUGUAUAUUAUAAAGACUGAUCGCUUGUUGAAUACACAGUUCGGUUGUGUUGCUGGAUUGUUUUUUCAGCUAACUAGCAUGUGCUGGAUUUCUUCUGUGCUGGAUCUGGGCUCACCCCUGUUGGAAGAAAGGGAACCAUCAGUGAAACAGAUUACCAUGUUUGACUUUGGUCUAAGUCACGGAUAAUAACCCCGAUCAGCCUUUUUCUGCACUGAUUUAACCUGAUUGAUCAAGAUGCUCGUAAUGGACUUGAUGGCAUGUUCAAUCUGAGGUCACGUGUUAUGAUCUUGGACAUCAUGGCAGAGAGGUAUCCUCUAGCAGAGAAAGCCAUGUCGGAUGGUUUUGCUCGGCUUAGAUACAGAGACACAUCUUUGUUAAUCUGGCAGCAACAGCAGCUGGAACUGGAGAAGAAUCCCACCAACUACCUGAACCGCAGCAGGAGCGCCAGAUACAGUCAGUACGGGAACCAGACUGUGAUAGUGCGGGACAGAACUUCUAUCAGACAGACUGAAUCCGGAUCCAAGAUCUGUUCUCUGAUGUAACACUGUUCAGUGGCGGCUCCUGCCAAAUCUCUCAGGGGCGGCAAUUGUUGCGAUAAUGGCCAAGGUGACCCGUUCAAUGGGUAAAUUAAAGCUUAAAUAAUUAA